UAGACAGGUCGGCUCCCGCUCCUGCGAUGGGUCACCGCUUGGGAUCCCUGUACAUUUGUCUGUCAAUGCUUUUUCAGCUGGUUCUCUUCAAUGAAGCUGGUGCCUCUGGCAGGAGAUGCAACCACAUAUACAAAGGGUUUGCUGAAUGUUUGCUGAAGCUGGGAGACAGCCUGGCCAAAACCAUUGAAGGGGAAAGUGAAGAGGUGAAGGAAUUGGACACUGUGUGCCGGUCCUGGGAUGAUUUCCACGCGUGUGCAGACUCGGUUCUGGAAGGUUGUCCAGAGGAUGCAGCCUCCAUCUGGGAGUCGCUGAGGAAGGAGUCCAGGAAAUUGCAGUUCCAAGGCAACUUGCAUGAGCUGUGCAGUCUGAGGGUCAGGCCGUCUGGCACCAUGGAAAGCUCAGAUGGGAGUGAAUCGAACAGAGAGAGUCUGACGGGCUCCGCUGGCUCCCUGUGGUGUGGCCUUACAACCCCUGUCCUGUCCAUUGCUGUGCUGGUGGUCAACUUGUAGCAAAGUUACCCAACCAGGCCCUCAGGGUCAGCUCCCUUCACCAGAGAGACAAGACUCUGAUGACUCUGG